UAGAGUUCCGGCUGCAAAAUAGUGUUAUUGUGAAAAAUAAAUUUUCUUCACAGUUAUACAUAUAUUUUAAACGAUGGCUUUCAAUUAUGUUGUGACAGCUCACAAGCCAACGGCAGUGAAUGCUUGUGUCACAGGAAAUUUUACAUCCGUGCAUGAUCUGAACCUGAUCAUUGCCAAAAAUACUCGCAUGGAGCUCUAUGUAGUCACACCUGAAGGACUUCGACCAAUCAAAGAAGUGGGAAUAUAUGGGAAAAUCGCUGUCAUGGAGCUCUUCAGACCUCCCGGUGAAAGCAAAGACUUGCUGUUCCUGCUGACAGCCAGGUAUCAUGCUAUGAUACUGGAGUGUCAGCAGGAUGGAGAGAACAUGGAGAUCAUCACCAGAGCUCAUGGCAACGUUCAGGAUCGCAUCGGACGUCCAUCUAUGACAGGCAUUAUUGGCAUUGUCGAUCCACUCUGUCGCGUGAUUGGCUUGCGUCUCUAUGAUGGCUUGUUCAAAGUUAUCCCCCUUGACAGAGAUAAUAAGGAACUGAAAGCUUUUAACAUCCGACUUGAAGAGUUGAUGGUUAUUGACAUGCAGUUUCUCCACGGUUGUCAAGCCCCUACAGUUAUUUUGGUUCAUCAGGAUCAACAUGGGCGUCAUGUGAAAACAUACGAAAUUUCACUGCGUGAAAAAGAAUUUCAGAAAGGUCCAUGGAAGCAGGACAACGUUGAGACAGAGGCCUGUAUGGUAAUAGCAGUUCCAGAUCCUAUUGGUGGCGCCCUUAUUAUUGGUCAGGAGUCCAUAACUUACCACAAGGGAGAUAACUUUAUUCCUAUAGCACCGCCAGCAAUAAAACAAAAUGCACUGACCUGUUACGGCAAGGUUGACGCCAACGGUUCGAGGUUCCUGCUGGGCGACAUGGCUGGACGGUUGUUCAUGUUGCUGCUAGAGAAAGAAGAGAAGAUGGACGGCUCUGUCACUGUCAAAGAUCUCAAAGUGGAAUAUCUCGGAGAUACCACCAUUGCUGAAUGCAUCACAUAUUUAGAUAAUGGAGUUGUAUUCAUCUCCUCCAGACUUGGUGAUUCACAACUCGUUAAGCUGAAUACGGAUAAAGACGACAGUGGAUCAUAUGUUCAGAUCAUGGAGACGUUCACAAACCUUGGACCCAUCGUAGAUAUGUGUGUCGUAGAUCUGGAAAGACAGGGCCAAGGACAGCUUGUGACUUGCUCUGGUGCAUACAAAGAGGGUUCUCUGAGAAUUAUUCGUAACGGCAUUGGAAUCCAUGAGCACGCCAGUAUUGAUCUUCCUGGGAUAAAAGGUAUUUGGCCUUUGAGAGUAAAUUCUCCAAAGUUUGACAAUAUGCUUGUUCUCUCAUUUGUCGGACAGAGCAGAUUGUUGAUGCUGAAUGGGGAGGAAGUGGAAGAAACUGAGAUGGCUGGCUUUGAUGGAGAUCAGCAGACAUUCUUCUGUGGAAAUGUCAUCGGGAAUCAGCUGAUUCAGGUGACACCAGCCUCUGUGCGCCUGUUGAGCUGUGAUACAAAAACAUUGGUCGGAGAGUGGUGUCAUCCGCAGGGGAAGAACAUCAGCUUGGCAAGUUGUAACACAACACAGGCAGUGAUUGCAGUUGGCAGUGAGGUGUUCUAUCUAGAAAUAGUCCCAGGCCAGAUUAAAGAAGUUAGUCACACUGUGAUGGAACAUGAGGUAGCCUGUGUAGACAUCAGUCCACUGAAAGAAGGAUCCGAGCGCGGCGAACUCUGUGCCGUGGGUUUGUGGACGGAUAUAUCGGUGCGCGUUCUUCGACUGCCAACCUUUGAAAGUCUUCACGUCGAGAUGCUCGGUGGAGAGAUUAUUCCCAGGUCCAUCUUGAUGACCACAUUUGAAGGGAUUCAUUAUUUACUGUGUGCCCUUGGAGAUGGUUCUUUGUUCUACUUCAACCUCAAUCUAGCAACUGGUUAUCUGUCUGACAAGAAGAAGGUUACACUAGGAACCCAGCCCACUGUUCUGCGCACGUUCAAGUCGCUGUCGACGAUGAACAUUUUCGCCUGCUCCGACCGCCCGACCGUGAUCUACUCAAGCAACCACAAGCUGGUGUUCUCCAACGUCAAUCUGAAGGAGGUGAACCACAUGUGUCCACUCAACUCGGACGGGUACCCAGACAGCUUGGCUUUAGCAAAUGACAACACAUUAAUCAUUGGGACAAUUGAUGAAAUACAGAAGUUGCAUAUCAGAGCAAUACCACUUGGUGAAUCUCCGAGGAGAAUAGCGUAUCAAGAACAGACGCAAACAUUCGGUGUGAUAUCGUGUAGAACGGACAUCCAGGAAAACAACACCACAUCGAACACUCGAGCCAGUGCCAGCACACACGCAGCCAGUAUCAGCAGUAGUUCGAACGCCAAGCUCUUGCCGGGAAGUUCCAGCGUGAUGGAGCACACAUUCGGAGAUGAGGUCGAAGUUCACUCCUUGCUAGUCAUUGAUCAACACACCUUUGAAGUUUUGCACGCCCACCAGCUGAUGUUAAACGAAUGUGCGACCAGUUUGAUAUCGGCCAAGUUAGCGGAUGACCCCAACUCGUAUUACAUCGUGGGCACUGCCAUUGUCCACCCUGAUGAAGCUGAACCAAAGUUGGGAAGAAUAGUCGUCUUUCACUAUAACGAUGGUAAAUUGAUCCAGGUUGGCGAGAAAGAAAUCAAAGGUGCAGCUUACAGUUUAUCAGAAUUUAAUGGAAAGCUAUUAGCUAGUAUCAACAGUACGGUGCGAUUGUUUGAGUGGACGGCUGAAAAGGAGUUGAGGAUUGAGUGCAGCAAUUUCAACAACAUCAUUGCUCUCUAUCUGAAAACCAAAGGAGACUUUGUGUUGGUGGGAGAUUUAAUGAGAUCCAUUAAUUUAUUAGCUUACAAGCCACUGGAAGGAGCAUUUGAAGAAAUUGCUAGAGACUGCAACCCCAGCUGGAUGACGGCAAUAGAAAUACUGGAUGAUGAUAACUUUCUAGGGGCCGAGAACUCAUUUAAUCUCUUCACUUGCCAGAAAGACAGUGCGUCUACCACAGAUGAAGAAAGACAGCAGCUUCAGGAAGUGGGUCUGUUUCACCUCGGAGAGUUCGUCAAUAUUUUCAGACAUGGAUCACUGGUGAUGCAGCAUGCUGGCGAGAACAACACACCUAUACAAGGUUCAGUCUUGUACGGCACAUGCAAUGGUGCUAUUGGUAUGGUUGCACAAUUACCGCAAGACUUUUACACAUUCUUGAAGGAUGUUGAGACGAGGUUGGCCAAAGUGAUUAAAAGUGUUGGCAAGAUUGAACAUCAAGUAUGGCGAUCGUUCCACAAUGAGAGGAAAACCGAGAUGUCGACAGGCUUUAUAGACGGAGAUCUUAUAGAAAGCUACCUGGACCUGAAUAGAAGCAAAAUGCAGGAAGUUGUGCAGGGUUUGCAGAUCGAUGAUGGUAGUGGAAUGAAAAGAGAGGCAACUGUUGAUGACCUGGUGAAGAUGAUCGAAGAGCUGACGAGACUUCACUGACGUGUUUAUAUUUUUUUACGUGUUAGAAUGUGUUAAAUUGAUCUGAUAUGAACGACUGUUAAGUGCUUAUUACAAGUGUGUGAGAUGUUGCAGUUAUAUAUGGUGUGCAGUUGUUGCAUCGUCUUGUCGUUGUAAAACACCAUUUAAAUGACGCAGCUAAACAGUGUAACUUAACUAUCACUGUAUUAAAACCCACCAUCGCUUAGCUUCGUAUAUCAGACUUGUUCAGUGUGUUGUACAGGACUGAUCCAAAGUGAUGUUUGGGUUGGACGGGCAGUAAGUCUCCAAAACCAGCUUCAAGAUUGUGUGCAGAUAAACAAACACCAAUUAAGUAAUCUGAUCGAACCAAACUGUUGCAGAGCAUGCCUGUCAUAGGUAUUAGUUCUGACAUUACCUGCUCAUUACGACUGUGCAAGUAACGACCAGAAGUGUCGACAAUAUUCUCAGAACAUCUAAAGGGUAUUUCAGUUAGAAGCUUGAUUUAGUCCUCUCCAGGUUGCAUUUAGCGCGAUUCAGAUAGGUAAAAUUCCAUCCUUGUCAAUUACCCCAUCUACAUUAAGGCACCAUGUUGGUUUAUUUUAUACAACUCCUUAAAUUUUAUUAUUAUUGCUGAGACAAAACAAUUCACAAUAUCCAGGGCAUUAUAUCCUCCAGUCAUGUGCUUUACAUGUACCAUGAUAUGCAUACCUUUCAUUGAUUUUGGUGAUAAACUUACUACGCUUUGCAAAUUCAUAAUGUAACUUAGUGAUGGACGAAAUGUUCUCGAAUUGCCAGUUUCAUCCAUAUAAGUAAGCAAAUUAAAACAAAAAAUGUUUAGCACAUGGAACAGGAUUUUGAGCAUAUCACUGAAUAUUUUUUUUUACGAUGACUUUGUGGUAAUGUCAAUAUGUACAUCCCCAAUGCUCUAGCAUGUUAAAUGUACAUUAGUAUUAAAGUAGCAUUACCUUGGUUGUAUUACAAGUUGCCUUUGUGGCUUAGUGCUUAAAGUGUCAACUUGUUAGAUGCUUCGUUUGUAUCCUUAACACUAACUCCAACCAAAAAUUUGUUUUUUCAAGUAAUUGGGGCUACACUCACUUCUUUUGCAUUAACCAUUAAUUCCUGUCUUGAACAACCAGCCCAGUUAACUGAGGCGCAUGUCCAAGGUGAGCAUGCUUGAACCAUAAUUGGCUGUAGAUGGCAGUACACCAAAUGGCAUUUCACCAGGUCAAAGUUAGAAGUACAUACUUUUGUUGUCAUAAAAUGUCUCAUCUGGCCAGUAAAUUGCUGUAUUUUAAUUUCAGCAUGUCCUCUUCAAUUAUUUAAAGCAAGUUUUUUGCUAAUAUUACAUCUAAUUUCUAGUCAGUAUUGUUUUUCUUUAUGUACUCAUGAAAACAAACCCCAAAAUAGGACCAAAAUAACUAGCAUUCAGAACAUAGAGAUAUGUUUUAAAUUGAAAUAAUUCAACUUUGUGCCUUUUUUAUGAAUAAUUAUCUAUGAAAUGGGUUUGAGUUUGUUUUCAUGAAUAUGUAAAGAUAAACAAUACUCAACAGGAACUCAAUUUAAAAUUAGUAAAAAAAAAAACCCAAAAACCUUAGGCUUUAAAUAAUUGACCAGUACAAUAGCAUCAAAGCACCAGUUACUGUUGUGCUUGGUACAAGACUACAGUUCAGAAAAUCACUGCACUGCUUGUUUGAAAAUUAACCAAAUUGGUUGUGCCCAACCUUUGUUACAGCCAAACACUGUGCACUCCUGGUGGAAAAACAAAUGUGAUUAUUAAAAAUGACUCCUUGGCUAUCACUAAGCUCAAGACUCUAAUAAUGGUACAUUAAGAAAAUAUAUCGAUGCAUGCUGUUAAACUUGGUCCUGAUACAAAGUGAAAUUAAGAUGAGAAAUAAAGUUCUGAAUUAUUA